GCUGCCGCGCGGGGCUGCCGGGCGGCCGGGCUGGCGGGCUCUUGGCGCAGGUGGCUCCUCCUCCGCCUCUCUCGAGCCGCAGGCACCGAUCCGGCUGCGGUGGGAGCGCCUUUGUGCCUGGCUCUGGGGUCCCGCGACGGCCGCUGCGCGCCCAGGUCCAUUGUUUCGCUGGUCCGCCUCUUCCCGGCAGGUGCCGGCGGCGCGCGGGGGCCGCACGUGCCAGAGCGGCGGUCGGAACGCAGAGACCCGCGGGCGCCGGCAGGGGCGUCCUCGGGCACGCGGCGGGGGAUGAAGUACUUGAAGCCCUGGUGGUCGGACGGCGGCGGCCUCCUGCAUCUCACCAUCCUGCUGAACUUGGCGGGGCUCCGCGUGGAUCUGGACCUGGACCUCUACCUGCUGCUCCCGCCGCGCACCCUGCUCGGAGAUGAACUGCUGCUCCCCGGCGGCUCAACGAGCCCCGCCCACGCGCUCAGCCCCUUCCCGGCCUUGGGAGGAUGGGGGCGAGCCGAGCCCCUGCACCCCAAGGGGCUGGAGCGGGACCCCGCGGCGCCGCCGGAGGGCCAGCUGCUUCGGGAGAUCCGUGCGCUGGGGGUGCCUUUCAUCCCCCGCACCCGAGUGGAUGCGUGGCUGGUGCACAGCGUGGCGGCUGGGGACGGGGACGGAGCCCACGCGCUUCUCGGCGCCGCCGCAGCCUCGUCGGCCGGAGGAGUGGGCGCCAGCGUGGAUGGUGUUAGCCAGGCUGCGCCCGGUGGCGGCGGGGACCCCCGAGCGGCUCCGAGUAGCCCUUUGGCCGCCGGGGAGGAGGAGAAGACACCCGCGGAACCGACGGCUCAAGUGUCGGACGCCGGCGGCCACGCGAGCGAGGAGAAUGAGGGACUAAGAACUGCGGAACAUGGUUCCCAGCAUGGGGAAAAUGAGCGAAGAGCAUCAGCCCAGAAGGAGAAAUCACUACAACAGAAGAAUGAAGAUGAAAAUAAAACAGCAGAAAGACCUGCCUGGGAGGCUGAGAAGACCGCAGAAUCUAGAAAUGAGAAACAUCAAAAUGGAACGGAAACAUCAUUUUCUCUGGAAGACUUAUUUCAGUUGCUUUCCUCACAACCUGAAAAUCUGCUGGAGGGCAUCUCACCGGGAGAUAUUAUUCCUCCUCUUCCAGGAAGUAUCAAUGAUGGCAUGAAUUCUCCUACACAUAACCUUAGCCAGGCUAUAAGUCAAGAUGUGAAUCUCCAUGAGGCCAUGUUGCUGUGUCCUGACAAUGUUUUCAGAAGCGAUCCAGCACCAAGGAUUUCACAGCCACUAGAACCAUUUUUGCAGUUAAAUUCUACUUUUAAUCCUGAACAGCCCUUUCCUGGAACUAAUUUGACAGGAUUUCUUCCACUUGACAGUCAGAUGAGGAAUCUAACAAGGCAAGAUCUUCUAUAUGACCUUGAUAUAAACAUAUUUGAUGAGAUAAACUUAAUGUCUUUGGCCACAGAAGGCAGCUUUGAUCCCAUGGAAGUUUCUCAGCUUUUUGAAGAACCAGAGUCUGAUUCUGGACUUUCCUUAAACUCGAGCCUCAAUAGCACCUCUGUCACCAAGUCUAAUUCCUCUCACUCUAUAUGUGAAGGUGCUAUAGGUUAUAGUAGUGACCUUGAAUCUCUUUCCCAACAUGAUUUUGAAGGGGCUGUAGGAGGCUAUUAUGCAGAGCCCAGUAAGCUUUGUCACACGGAUCAGAGGAGUGUUUCUCACUUUCAUGAGGCCCUUGCAUUUCAACACAUAUUACACAACCACACUUACCACAUACAGCCAAGUGCACCAGAAUCCAAUUCUCAAUCUUUCUCAUGGCCUGGGAAAUCACAGAAAAUAAGGAGCAGGUGCCACAACGAUACAGACAGAAACUUAAGCCGUGAUGAACGGCGCGCUAAAGCUCUGCACAUCCCUUUUUCAGUGGAUGAAAUUGUCCGCAUGCCUGGAGAUUCUUUCAACGGUAUGCUAAGCAGACACUACCUGACAGAUUUACAGUUGUCACUCAUCCGUGAUAUCAGACGAAGAGGGAAAAAUAAAGUUGCUGCUCAGAACUGCCGUAAGCGCAAAUUGGAUGUACUUUUGAAUCUGGAAGAUGACGUAUGUAACUUGCAAGCUAAAAAGGAAACCCUUAAAAGAGAGCGAAUCCAGUGUCAUAAGGCUAUAAACAUAAUGAGACAGAAACUGCAUGACCUUUAUCAUGAUGUUUUUAGUAGAUUAAGAGAUGAUGAAGGUAGGCCAGUCAAUCCAAGCCAGUAUGCUCUUCAAUGCAGUCAAGAUGGAAGUGUUUUGAUUGUACCCAAGGAGUUGGUGACCUCAGGCCACAAAAAGGAAAAUGAAAAGGGAAAACGAAAACGUGAAAAAAAUUGAAGACGGAUUCCACUAGUAUGCACAAAGUAGUAAUGUUCAGAAAGUGAUAUAAUGGGCCACACACCAUUCAAUCUGCUUCAAGACCUAGCUCAUUUUAAGUAUCUUUGUAAGUAAUGGUACUUGAGUCAGUCUGGUGAAGGCUACACUUUGAAGCUAUAUGGAUACGCUCAGAUUUCAUUAUUUAUAACUUGGGGGAAACAACUUUUCACAAAAUCCUCUUAAUAGUAUGUACAAAUAGGGUGACAUGAAAACUUCGUUAACAAUCCACUUUUGUGAGCUAGUCACUUCAAGGAGAGCAAACACCAUUUUUCAUUUAGUUAGCCCUAAAGUAUAGUGAUUUCAGAAGCUAUUUUAGAUUAUUAAUACUUUUUCUGUGGAAAUAAAUUUUAUACCUGAAUUUAAAAAGUACUAACUUCCCUUUUGUACAGAAAUUCCAAGCAGAUUUAUCCGGGAUUUUUUUUCUUCUCCAAAAUACCCACAAGUAGUAUAGGUGAAUACCUAACAAUUAGAGCAGCAUAACAUUAAAAUUUUAACACCAAGCUGACAAGUCUAAACACAUAGAACACAAGAGUUUUAAAUGUUUUAAAAAGCCUAUGAGAUGCCAAAAAUUCAGACUUUGAAAUUAAUAUAAAACAUCUAAAAGUCCAUAUAAGAACCCAAGAAGACUUUAUAACCAAAGCGAAAAUACUGAGGAAAAUGAAAGAUUUUUAGGAUAAAAAGGAUGAGAAUGACCUAGUCAUUUAUCCUAGUGAUUAUGGCACUUGAAAACUCAAGGAUAACUCAGUUUAACUGCCCAGAUUGUAUCAGGUGUCUUGUCAUUAGAAUCACUUCAGGUUACAUAAAUGCAUAGAAAUUUGUUUCAAGCCCUACCUAACAAAAUGCUUUUGAUUACUUUUAAACCAGUUCUGUACAACUAUGUUCAAAAGAUGUUUUAACAGGUUGGCUUUUUGCAAGGGUUCACACCUUAGAUGUCUUAACUUCUUAAAUACAGAGCUUCAAGGCAGAUGACUACCACAAAUUUCAAGUCCACAAUGUAAAAUGCUACAGAACUAAUUUAAGUGAAUGUCUGCUCAUCAAGCACAACAUUCUACCCAAAUCCCUGAAAAUUAGACAAGAGAACACUAAAUCACUAAGGGAGAGUAGAGAGCUAGAACGACUCUAAGAUUUGAGAGGUAGGUUUUUGGCGCAUUGUGACCAAGUUUUCAGUAUCCAGCUGCACAUCACUCACAACAGGGUAGUUUCCAGUUACCUUGCACAACAAAAACCAUUUGACUUUACAGUACCAACUGAAGCGUACUCUCCAUCACUGAUAACGUUUCAGUGGAGUGGCACACUGUGACUUUAAAAUCAGUUUUUAAAAAUAUUAUGGGAGUUGAAAAGGCUGUUGUGAAAAAGGGUAUAAUCUGUUUCUCAAUUUAGCUCUAUGCAGUUUAUGGAAACUUGGGUAAAUCUGUUGGCUACCUGACCCAUUCCUAGCAAAUAACCAUGUCAAGUCUUCUCAAUCUGAAAACAUGGAUGCAUAAAGACUUGAAUAGAUAUGGUCUGUAAGUACCAAGUACCCAGCUGUCUCCAAGUAUUUGUUUAGGGAUUUAAAAACUAACUCUCACAUCUGGUAGUUUAUCAGCCUCUUUGAAGUACAUUUUCUGCUAGUCGUCGUCUUCCCUCCCGAGUUCAGUGUACUAGCCCAAAUUCACAUUUCAUUUGAAUUGUUCCCAACACAGAAGUAACCUUACCUUCCAGACAGCUUUCCUGUUUAAAAAAAAAAAAAAAAAAAAAAUCCACAUCGGUUGAACAAUUUUAAUGUGAGAUCUGGUUCAGCAUUUUGUCCUCCUAGUACAACAUUCCGGCGGCCAUCCCCAGACCAGUUUACAUCCUCACAGGUGAAAUUAGAUCUAUACCAAUCAAUGUGUGCUGAAUGACAGCAGCAUUUGGGUUGGUCUCAAGGCAGCUCCAGCACGGACAUAUAUAAUCAGAAGCCAGCCAACUUUCCAAAAUUCCUAGCAUUUAACAUUUUUCUGCUUACUUUUAAAAGUUGUUUCAAUGGCAGGAUGUCCCACCCCCCACAUCUUUCCAGAUAUGAAUUAGUAACUGGACAAGGUAAGAGCAGUGAUAGCAUUCAAGUUGGAGUCCCAACUAAAGACUGUGUACAGCUGAAGUGUAUACAUGGACUUUCGGUACAAAGAUCAGUAAUGUUUCUUUCCUUUCUCCAAAAGCCAUAGAAAAGUUUGAACUAGCAAAUAAACACUUCCCUUAACCAGCUCUCAGUACUUAAUACAAAUAGUAAAGUCACUUUCAGAUCAACUUGAACUCAUGCACCCAACUGGGCUGUUAAAAACCACAGAAUAAUUCCCCUUUUCAAGGUCUUUCCUAAAUUUAACACCCUGGGUAUGUGAGCCAGCCCCCAAGAUGGGCUCCCAAACACUUCUUGGAUCUUGUAAUCUCCCCAUCCACAGCAGGAAAGCAACUUUUAAACACAUUGGCCGUUAUUUUGAGGGCUCCUUUGUUGCUUCACCAACCUGCCAGACAGGCCAUUUUAGAUGUUUCCCAGCCCCAGUCAUUUUCUGAAUGCAAUCCUAAGCUUCAGCUAUCACCACGUGGCCAAGUUGCUGAUCUCCCCUGUAAGGUACCAAGUGUAUUGUGCUCUAAGCUGCCCUAAGAAUUGGCUUUAAAUGUACUCUACAGCAGUAAGGGUUAGCCCAAGGUGGAAAACAGCACACCCUGAAGUAGCUCUUUUACAACAAAACUGAUUUCAAUUUCUCUAAGAUUAGCUCAACACAACAUACACACAUAGGAAAAAAGUAUUCAGUAUUACUGCAUUUCAGUAAGCUAGUUCAUUUCAACCUAUUAACAUGUUCCCCCUACGUUACUAUACCAACUUCAUUAUCUUCAAGGUUGAACUUCUUUGUACAGCUAGACAUUUUAAUGCCUUAAAAAUAAAUUGUUUUCCCUAAUAAAUCCAAGGCCCAAGUGUAUGUUUGUUUGAUAAUGCAAAAGAGCACAAUUUUAAUGAGAAAGUUCAUCUUCUGUUGGCCAUCAACUUACCUGUGAUAGCUAUCAAAACCAAAAGGAAUAGUUAAAACAAUUUCACCAUGUUUCUUCCCUACUUUUCUGUUUUUUCCUUAUUCCAGGUGAACAAGCUGCUGCUUGCUAUUAUUACAUUUUACCCAUCACGUUUAACCCUUUAAAGACGACUGCUUGAUAUUCAGCAUAAAACAAAACAGUUAAUUCACAUUUGAUAUAGUAAGAUUUUUUUUCCUCAGUGCUUUGCAAAGCCACUUAUUUUGGACCAC